AUGUAUGCCCUUUCUUGUACCGACGGGUUCAAAUAUCCUGGUUCCGAACCAACCUACAUCACAGACAUCAUCCCCGUGUCUGCUGGGCUAGCAGCCGUUGGCUCCGACCAAAGUCUCUCCAUCUUCAACCCUCUGCGCCUCAACCAGGGACCUCUCAAGAAAGUCCAGACCAACCAUGGGAACAUCAGCUGCGCAGAAGUAUUCAGCGUUGGAAACUCGAUCGUUGCCACAGCAGGCGAGAACGGGACGGUUUCGCUCUGGGAUCUGAGAAGCGAUGCGGCCAACACACCAGUGCUGCAAAUAGGGACGCCAGGCGAAGGUCCUGGUUUGCUCUCACUUGCUUGCUCGGAACAGACAAACACAUUAGCUGCCGGCACCGAACUGGCUAACCACCAAGCAUCCAUUCUUUUAUGGGAUCUCCGCUCCCCCCGCGUUCCCAAAAUCCACUACGACGAAGUCCACAGCGACGACGUAACCGAGCUCUCCUUCCACCCCACUAACCCUCACCUCCUUCUCACCGGCUCGACCGACGGACUCGUCAACGUGUGCGACACGCGCAUUACGGACGAAGACGAAGUGGUGAUCGCGGCCUUCAACCACGGCUCCGUGCACCGGGCCGGCUUCCUGAACGAGACCGAGGUGUACGCCGUGUCGCACGACGAGCGGUUUGCGCUGUACGACAUGGGCGAGACGGUUGAGAAGGGCUCGCCGACGCUCGACCUGGGCGACAUUCGCAAGGUGGUGGAUUGCCAGUAUUUGUGCAACGUUAUUCCGAAGGUGACGGGUGCUGGGGCGGUAAUUGGUGCCGGAACACAGGAUCAAGAACUGUUCCGGUUGAUCCAUCUAUCGAAGAAUGGUGCUUCAUGGAGCCUGGAUAGUGAGACUGUGGUAGGUCUUCCGGGGGCACAUGGAUCCGAGAUUGUUCGCAGCUUUUGCUUUGUUGAUGAGCAGCAAGUAGUUUUUACCGCCGGAGAGGACAGCUGCAUCAAGGCGUGGCGGCCCAGUGUAUAAGCAAGCGCGCAGUCACUUAAGCCAUCG